CCAGUUCGCGCAACCGUCGCUGGUGCAUCAGAUCAUUGAAGUCAAGGGGGGCUGAAAAAACCGCGAUACCCCUAUUGCGCAUCCCUCUGCGACACCGUGGGAUUACCCCAACGAUUAGUGUUAGUGUUUAAAAAGAUCUAUACUUCUUGACUUCUUUCAUAUUCUUCCAUCGCUGACUGUACUUUUUUCCCUCUUCAUAAUCCUUCUAUGGGAUGACUGCGGGAUGCAUCAAUCCAAGCAUCAAAGAGCAACACGCAGUGUGGAAGAGAGAGGAGCGUCUGCUUCAUCCAGAACCGCAUAUAGUGAAUCGCGGAAACCCGGAGCGCACGGAGCAAUAGCAGAGCAUUUGGGAGUAUCCCAAGGUUGACAGAGCAUGUGCUUCACGGCAAUCAACGCGGAUGUAAACACGCAUUGAAAAACCCGCAAUCGUGGACUGCGCAAAAAACAAAGAGCAGGAGAAAAGCCGAGUAAAAGGAGAUUCUACUGGUUUGCACGCACUGGUUUGCAUUAACUUUUUCCCCUCUGCGCACUCCCACUCUCCUGGAUUUGCAACGGUAAAACGUAGGUCCGUUGGUUUUGUGAUGGGUGCCGUGGGUGAGGUGGGCAGUUUCUCGCAUGGCCUGGAGAGCUUCGGACACGGAUCCCAUUUUGUCCUGACGCCUGCGGGGGAUACUGCCGCCCUUAUGAAUGAGCACCUGGUCUCCGCGGAAAGACUCUCCCGGAGCACUUCCGCGGAUUUAACGCAUCUGAAAGGGAUCCUCCGUCGGAGACAGCUCUACUGCAGGACCGGAUACCAUCUCGAAAUCUUGCCGGACGGCACAGUCCAAGGCACUCGGAAAGAUCACAGCAGAUUCGGUAUCCUGGAAUUCAUCAGUCUUGCAGUGGGAAUGGUGAGCAUCCGUGGAGUGGACAGUGGACUCUACCUGGGAAUGAACAGCAAAGGCGAACUGUAUGGCUCUGAAAAGCUGACUGCAGAAUGCAUCUUCAGAGAGCAGUUUGAGGAGAACUGGUACAACACAUACUCGUCCAACUUAUAUCGACAUGGGGAUAAAGGCUCGCACUAUUUUGUGGCACUAAACAAAGACGGGACAUCACGGGACGGCGCUCGAUCGCGGCGCCACCAGCGGUUCACCCACUUCCUGCCACGGCCAGUGGACCCUGACAGGGUUCCGGAACUCUACAAAGAGGUGUUAGGCCAGAGCUGAGGUGGUGGGUGAAGGGGGGUUGUCUUCAACACCCCCCCCUCCUCGACCGCCAAGACCAACCUGGCCACUGAAGUGUGCCUGCAUGCCCAAGGCUCCUUUGGUUCCGCGGAGGCUGCGGAGGCCCGCUGUGGGCCACCCCCCCCACCCCCCCUCGGGCAGGGUUGCAGAGAGAGGACGGGGGAUGGAGGAGGGAGGUAUGGUACGAGAACCAUAUCCCCAAAACACCCCUGUCUCACCUCAGCAUUCCCACCACGAGGUACCCCUGACACUAGGACGGAGGAUGAAACCAGCACUGGAGAUUAAUGGAGUCCUGUUUGCCCAUUAUCAGUGUUUUACACUUGCAGGCAUGUCUGCGAGGAGGUUGGGCAGCCAUUUUGGUUUUGCUGGUGUUUCCUCACUGUAUGGCAGAGCCCCAGAACUACAGGUGUAUUCGGAUUGGAUUUGUCCUCUGGAGCUGCUGCUCCUGCCGCUGCUAACCCCCUCAUUGAAGAUGGCAUCAAACUGAUGCAGACCAUGACAUUCCCCUCAGCUUGUUUGUCCACACCAAGAGGACAAUAGGAUGUCAGUGGCUGCCCUUCCCUCCUGUACACUGGACUUCUCUGGUUUGAUAGCCAUUAAGGGGGGACGAUUACUAAAGACUCAUUGAAGACUUGUGAAGGAAAUCCUACAUUGUGCUUAAGUGACUUCUCUCUGUAUCUGACACUGGCAUGGACAAUAAAGAAACGUAGUUAGCUUCCAAUUUCCCACCUGAUUUUUCUUCUUUUUUAAUUUAUGCAUUCCAGGACAUAUAUUUAUUUUAUAUAUUUAUUUAUUUUGAAAAUAUAUUUUUACAGGUAUAUAAGAUAUAAAAGGAAGCAAUGAGAGAUUUAUUUUUUACCACUAUAGACAGUGAUGUCUCCUUUUAAAUCAAUGACUGAAGAAAGUAUUUUCCUAUCAGUUUCAGAUGUUUAUUUCCUGGGUUUGAGUCAAAUUACUGUUCAUUCCAUAGCUUGUCUUCAGACUGUUGUGGUUCUCCAUGUUGUUAUCUGUCAUGUCGCCCUAUGGAAGCCCAAAUGGCCCCCAAGCAACAUGGCAAGUCAU